AUGGCUACCACCAGCAGCGCUAGCGUGAGUUUGAAGCUUCUGAUUGACACAAAAAGCCACAAAGUUCUGUUUGCUGAAGCAAGCAAGGAAGCUCCUCUCAACGGAUGGUAUGGCGGUAACUGUAUUUCUGACGAUCCUAGAGCCAUUUGCCCACAGUGCAAAUAUACUCUCUCUACCGAGGUGCCUUAUGUUGCAGCACAGGCUAUCACGGAAGGAUCGUCUGGUGGUGGAGGAGGGUAUGUGAAAGAUGUUGUUACAUACAUGAUAAUGGAUAAUUUGGAAGUGAAGCCUAUGUCUACCAUAUCGUGUAUAGCUAUGUUGAACAGGUUCAAUGUUAAGGAGGUUGGUACCCUUGAAGAGAGGAUGGUUCUUCUAGGCAUGGAUGAUGUGUGCAUUCCUAAACUUCUCUCAACAUUUUGA